GAACAGGCGCUGGCUUUCAGCAUCCCGCCUAAGGAAGUGGCCAAGUGGAGGAGCUCCAUUGAGCAGGUCCUCCAGUCUGGCCAGCUGUCGCCCGCGGGCGCGGCCAAGCUGGCGGGAAUGCUUGGGCGGGGCGCUUCCGCCGUCUUCGGCAGGGGCGCCCGCGUUUACUUGGCUCCGCUUUUCCAUUGGUCCACCGGGGGGCGAGCGCUGUUGAACACGCGCUUGAGGCGUGCGCUCGAAUGGUGGCUGCGAUUCUUGGCUGCCGCGCCCCAGCGGCAUGUCCCGCUGCGGUGGCGGGCAAAGCAGCGCGUGCUUUUUUACUCGGAUGCAACGGGCGGCGGCAG